AUGCAUCUAAAGUCUCUUUUAUCUCUCCUAUUCUUACAAAUCGGUUUCGGACUGGCCUUCCAUCAGCACAUCAAACGGGGUGGAGAGACAAAUGCGACUCUUUCCGCCUAUGGCACGAAUUCUACCAACUGGCCUAUUGCCUAUGGCCUUCUUUACAUUGCUGAAUAUCCCAGCAACAGCAACGCCAACCUAACUCCCCUGACCUGGGACUUGGCUUCUAUCACCGGCGAAUGCUGGAUUGCGAACGCAACUUUUGUGAACGGAACCCGUGCUGGCUCCAUGUAUAUCAUGCCCGAGAACGAGUACGCCGUUGGUGUUCUGCCGAUUACCAGGAUCGCCUACCUUAAUGGAACUGUAUCAGGCUUCGCUCUAUUUGCCUCGCAGCUGGUCUACAAUAACAACACGUUCCUCGAAGCGCAGUUCUGGGCCAAGUCGACAAGCUUCACCGGUGUCUACGGUCUUACUUGGACUUUGGAUGAUAGUGCCCCUAGUGGUGACUUCCCUGUUGUUGUGAAGGCGACUGAAAAUUCUUAG